CAGUUUCGUUCGUGACGAAAGGAUGUACGCCCGGUUGUAGGCCGUACAUACACACACACACACACAUACAUACAUACAUACAUGCAUACAUGCAUGCAUAGAGAAACAUGCACAGCUUCGACAUGCACACGCACACGCACACAUCCAUCUACACAGACAACAUGCCAAAGAGCGGCGAAUACGAGGAGCUGGCUCAACUGUUAAAAUCUUGGAACGUCAGCGAGCUGUUGCCGUAUUUGCAAGAGGAGGCAAUUAACAUGCAGGAGCUGCAGAUGUUGAAGCGGCAUCAUCUGAACGAGCUGCUGCGCAACUUUCGCUAUGGCACACGGAUUCGGUUUGAGCAUCAUCUGGAACGCUGGCGCCGCUGGCUCAAUGUGCCGCUGCAGGAUGCGUCGCCCUGCAGCGGCAGAGCCACCCACAUGGGCCACUGCAGCGGCUGUCGCUGUUCGGGCGACAGCUUCCAGCAAACGAAAAGCCAUUCCAAGUCCGAUCUGUUGGACGACAGUCGAUCCAAGCAGCUGCCGGCGGAGCCAUUUGUGACGCUCAACGAGAUGACGGAUGGAUCGCAGUUUAAUGUGCCGCUGCCGCUGGGCGAUCACAGCGAACUGGUCCACACGGAGCUGGUGACGGCGGAUCUGAUCAAGCCGGAAAUAACCGAACCGGAUGUCAGCGAGGAGAGCGGCGUCACCGUACUGUCCAUACUGCAGGCAUCGCCAGUGAAGGCGCAAUCCCUGCUGGAGCGUUUGGGCCAGAACGAGCAGCUGGAUGCAGUGCAGCGCCUGCUGCUGAUCCAGCUCAUCUGCAGCUACUACGAGGACAAUCGUUUGCAUUUGACCCUGCAGCGCAGUCACCUGCUGGAGCGCGAAAUUCUGCAGCUUUUCCCCAAGGAGCAGCUCUGCUUCUAUCGCACCGAGCGACGCGGCAAGAUCUAUGUGAGAUUCACCAACAUGAAGCGGAACAAACGGUUUGGCGCCCAGAAGAGGCGCCGCGAGGAAGCGAUGGCACCGCCCACCUCCUUCGUGUCCAAGGAGGUCACCUUUGGCGGCGAUCCCAUGUCCAGUCCCGAGAGAUCAGAUUGAUAUGCUAAGCCUAGUUUCUAAGAUAGUUUCCACACAUAACUCAUCCCAAUCCACAUCAUAUCGAUUCCUAGAUCAUGCCCAAUGCACACGAUAGGUUUAUUUGACUUGAAUAUCGAUAUAUCGGAUAUAUCGUAAAUAUCGAUAUAUAUUAUCUCAUAAAUAUCAAGCUAUCUUACCUAAAUAUGAUAUAUCUUGUAUAUCGUAAAUAGAGAUAUAUAUUAUAUCGUAAAUAUCGAUAUCAGGUAUAUCGUCAAUAUCGAUAUAUCGGGUAU